AAGGAUGAUUUAAGUACAGUUAACCGAGUGGCCAUCAUAAUUUCCAGCAGAAUAACGGCGAGGCCUCCGGUCCCUCGUAUCUGACUCAGCCGCUCCGUCACAUCUAGUAAUUCACGUACGCGACCGAUCAUACGCGUUUCUCUUCCUCGCCACCACUGAUGGGUAAACAAUGGAGAAGCCGUCAGCAGAAAUUUCUGGCGCCCCUAUGUUCCCAUGCACGGGAUCAUUGUUUAUGAUGCUGUUGUUGUGUAGGAGGGCAGGGACGGACCUGAUCUCGGCGGAUUUCUGUUAAAAAGCGCUCACAACACGACAGGCUGUGACCGGCCUCGCAUCCCUUUCGCUCCGCGCAGCAGCAGCUGAUGGUGCUGCUCUCCUCCCGAAGAAAACAUGGUGAAAUUCCCGACGCUCACGCACUACUGGCCUCUCAUCCGAUUCCUGGUGCCUCUGGCUAUCACCAACAUAGCCAUCGACCUCGGCGAACAGGCUUUAAACAGGGGGAUUGCAACAGUCAAAGAAAAUGCAGUGGAAAUGCUUGCUAGUUAUGGCCUGGCUUACUCCCUCAUGAAGUUCUUCACGGGUCCUAUGAGCGACUUCAAAAAUGUAGGGCUGGUGUUUGUGAACAGCAAACGGGACAGAUCCAAGGCGGUCCUGUGCAUGGUUGCUGCAGGAACGGUGGCCAUCAUUUUCCACACUCUCAUUGCCUACACAGAUCUGGGCUAUUACAUCAUCAACAAGCUGCAUCACGUGGACGAGUCUGUGGGGAGUAAUACCCGGAGGGCGUUCCUUUACCUGGCUGCUUUUCCUUUAAUUGAUGCCAUUGCCUGGACUCAUGCUGGAAUCCUUUUGAAACACAAGCACAGUUUUCUGGUGGGAUGUGCCUCUAUUUCUGAUGUUGUUGCACAGAUUGUGUUUGUGGCUAUUUUGCUCCACAGUCGUCUGGCGUGUGUCGAGCCCUUGUUGAUUCCAAUCAUCUCUCUGUAUAUGGGGGCCUUCGUACGCUUCACUGUUGUUGGUCUAGGGUACUACAGAAACAUACAUGACAACAUCCCAGACUCCAGCGGGCCUGAGGUUGGGGGGGAUGCAACUAUUAAAAAGAUGCUAAGCUUUUGGUGGCCACUGGCUCUAAUUUUGGCUACGCAGAGGAUUAGCAGACCCAUCGUCAAUCUGUUUGUAUCGCGAGAUCUGAAAGGCAGCUCAGCUGCCACAGAGGCUGUUGCGGUUCUCACGGCUACAUAUCCAGUGGGUCAUAUGCCGUAUGGUUGGCUAACUGAACUCAGAGCUGUUUACCCUGCGUUUGAUAAGAACCCAAGCAACAAGUUGACCAACAGUGGUACAAUUGUGACAAAGUCCCACAUCAAGCGCUUCACUUUUGUUUGUUUGGCUCUUUCUAUAACACUCUGCUUUAUGGUGUUCUGGGCACCACACAUUUCUGAGAAGAUUCUGGUGGACAUCAUAGGAGUGGAUCAAGCCUUUGCUGCGAUGUGCAUCGUCCCUUUAAGGAUUUUCUCUUUCUUUCCUAUUCCAGUAACAAUCCGCGCUCACCUGACUGGUUGGCUCAUGACCCUGAAAAAGACUUUCGUCCUGGCACCCAGCUCUGUCCUCCGCAUUAUUGUUCUGAUCACCAGUCUGAUAGUACUGCCUUACAUGGGGGUACACGGGGCCACACUUGGAGUAGGAUCCCUGCUGGCUGGUUUCGUCGGGGAAUCCACUAUGGUUGCCAUUGCAUCUUGCUACGUGUACCGAAAACAGAAAAAUAAAGACUCUGAUGAGGAACUGACCUUGGACGAGGAGGACUUAGCCCCCAUGAAUGAGGUCAGACCUGGGGCCCACAUGGAUGACAUUGUGGAGUUGAAUGAGGAUGAAGAAGAAUUAGAGGAAUACUGAGCAGUGGAUUUUAGGCUGAGAAGGAUGCAUUGUGGGAAUCUGGACCCUUUUGCAUUUCUGGGCAGUGUUGUAAUGCUUACUGUACCCCGCUGCUCUUUCCCUUCUGCCACAGUGGGAUAAUGUCCAGUUUACCUUUUCAGUGUACGCACAGUUUAAAUAAACACAGAAAGAGAGAGAGAUUUUGCUCUCUUAUUUUAAUGAUCCGAGAGCAGCAUAUCCUUGUUGAAAAGCCGUUACAGUAAAUCCGCAGACAUACAAACGUGUUCAGGUCUUCCAGAUCCCAUCCGGAGAAUCCCGAUGCGGGACAGUGAAGAUAUCCAUUUGUACCAAAGCAAUGUUGCGAUUAAACUCUUGUUUUCCUGAAUGCUGAUCUUUAUUUUGCUGCCGUCCCACUUGUUUUUAAUUUUUAAAGGAAGGAUGAACAACUUGCAGUUACACGUAUCCGCUUGGAAUGUAUUUUUUUCUUUUUUACUUCUACAGAAAUAACUGACUUGAAAAGACUUUAGAGGUCCAGUGGCAGAACUUGUUGCUGCAGUUUUAAGGGCCAACAUUUUUUUGACAGGAAAUUAAUAUCAACAGAGGAUAUACAGUAUAAAUAUAUAUAUAUAUAUACAGAUUUUUAUUGAAAUUAAUGAUUUUGAUGGAUGUCAUAGUAAACUACAGUUUCAGAGUGACUAAUGUUUGGAGUUUAUGGGUCAUGAGGGACUAUUUUUUAAAUACACAUAUGUUGUAGGUGUUUAAAGUAUGAUACAUUUGUAUGGAUGAUGUUGUGAACUGUGUAUAUUGUAGGAAAAGAAAGAAUCGGACUGUGUGUUUUCAUAAGUGUCUAUUGCAGUAUUUUUAUUAUUUAUAUUUAAUUUAAUUUAAUUUGGACACUUUUUGUAUCUCAGGAUGUUUGUGAUGGGAAAUAUACUUGAUAAGUACAAAGUCCAGUUAUUGAUCCCUCCCCAAUGAGCUGUGUUUUUUUUUUCUCUCUCUAUGAACAACAAUGCACAACUUGUAAGGAUGUCAUAAGUUGGUGUUUGUUUAAUUUAGAUUGUUGUAGUGAAGUCUGCUUAAGCUUGUUCUGUAUUUACAACUUUUUGGACAAUGCAAAGCAGCAAAAUGACAUGAUAGAGUAAAGCAUUACAGCCUGGAAAAGAAAGUGUGCAAUCCUCUGUCAUUAAACAGUAAAAAUGUGCUA